AUGCCAUCCUUCCUAGACGGAGGACUGAUGCUGGGCGGCAACCCUUGGUCGUGUGACUGCAGCUUAGUGUGGGUGGGGCACUGGCUGAGGCGGUGGAUCAGGGAGUCCCUUCAACUUCACAGGUCGGCUCCUGAGCCUCAGGUCAUUCAGGCCGUCCGGGAAGCCGUGUGCUCAGAUCCUCGAACGGAGAGGAGGACUCCAUUGGUGGACCUGCAUCCUGAGACCCUCAGCUGUCACGCGAGUGCUCUCUCCGGAGGAAGCGCUCCACCACCUUCAAAUCCUUGGGCCCUUUUGGUCCUCCUAACUCCCGCAGCACUCCUCGUCAACUAGUCGUCUCCUCUAAGUUACAGCUCUUCACGUGAUGGGUAGUCAUCAAGAAGUGGAUAUCGAUUAUCUUCUCUUGACUCGAGAAUCCUCUGGUUCCUUACAUUCAAGAUGAAGUAGUAAUUUUAUUUUAAUUUUAAGGUUACCUGUCAUUAUUCUUCAGAAUUCAGACUUUUUUUUGUAUCCAUCCAUACUGUGUACCUACAAUAGGCCUUCGGAAAAAUAGGCGGCUCUGAAAAAUCGGUGCGUUACCAACUCUUGUUUCUAACCGCACCAUUCACUGAGGAAAGUGUGAGAAUCCAUCAAGGGACGUAUACAGGUUUAUUAAAUGCCCCUCUAACACAUAUAAAUAUCUGGUAUACCAAAAAAAA